AUGAUGGAGCGCGCGCUGGCCAAACUGCGAGGACACGUCAACGGCAGCCUGGGCUCGACCGCGAGGCUGCUCGAGGCAGUCGAAACGACCAUCAGCCCCGCCCGGACACCUGCCGCAUACUACCACGCCCUCACGGCAACCCUCGCGGCGAGCACUGGCACCAGCAUCGCAGACGACGCCGCCUACCUGCUCGCCAUCGUCAUCCCCGCACUCAGCAACGACGAACGCAGCCAGCAAGCCACCCACAUCCUCGCCAUCCCCACGGACAACACCCGCACCCGCCUCGCCCUCCAGCUGGCCAUCUACCAGCAGCCGCCCUCCCAAGCAACCACCGCCAACCUGCGCACAAACAUCCUCCCCCUCCUCACCCACCCCCAGCCGAAAACCAGGCGCGCAGCACACAGCUUCCUCACCCAGGCCAUCGCCACCCAUCCCCAGCCGAUCACCAGCUACACCCUCCAGCAACUGGCACGCCCCCUCCAGCCAGCGAUCACCAUCAGCCUCCUCAAAUUCACCCAGGCCAUCACCACCCACUUCGACGACCACCAGGCACUCAUCCAGCACCUCAGCAACAUCCCCAACACCACCCCCAGCCAGCCAUUCCUGGCAGCCACCAUCUACGAAACAUACCAGGCCAUCCUCAACAACAACAAACUCAGCACACCGCUCAUCAUCGCCAUCAUCAACCAACUCACCCACCACACACCGAUCAGCCACCCCGAACAGCUCAACGCUCUCCAGCUCGCAUGGACCCAACUAGACCCCAAAACAUCCUCUGCCGAACUAGCCAGGAUCGGAAAACUAGAGCCGAUCUUCCAGAACUUCGCCAGCCCCGACCAGCCCACCAGAGCGGCCACCGAAGCACUGCUCUCAGCCAUCGCCAAGUACUCCAUCUCCGACCAGGACAUCCUCAGCCCGGAUGGCUCGCUCCACCUCAUCCUCAAAGCCGUCCUCGACGGGCUCCACUCCACCGAGCUCAUCGCCGUCGGUGGCACAGUCGAGCUCAUCAACCUACUCAAGACACUCGCCACCAGACUCGCCCGCAACCACCAGCCAUCCUCAUCAACACAGCCUGCCGCCCAGCUCAUCAAACAACACAUCCUAGCACUCGACAAACUGCGCAGGACCAGGCUCGGACUCACACCGACCAUCGACCACUGUCUCGGCGCGAUCAGCCAGUCCUGCGGCCCACGAUUCCUGCUCGACAUCCUGCCCCUCAACCUGGCCCUCGAAAACGACGACGAGCAAGAAGAAGGAAGAGCCUGGCUGCUCACCCUCAUCAAGCCCUUCAACACCGACCUCAAGCACUUCAUCACCCACUUCGUCCCCCUCAGCGAACGCCUCUUCGAAAAAAAGAGGAACGCCCUCAAACAAGCCACUCACCAAAACCAGAAGAACGCGCUCAUCCAGUCCAAGAUCUACGACACACUCAUCGAGCAGAUCUGGAGACUCCUGCCCGGCUACUGCGACCUGCCCUGGGACCUUGCAGAGGCUUUCGAUCGGCCCUUUGCAGAACUGUUGACCCAAGUGAUCUACUCCCAGCCCAGCCUGAGACCACCGAUCCUCAACUCACUCAAGCUGCUCAUCGACAAGACACUCGUCCUGGCCAACCGGAACGCCACCGAGUUCGGCUUCGACCCCCACGCCCAUCUCAACCAUCUCAAGACCUUCGCACCCAACUUCCUCUCCGUCCUCUUCAACGUCUACAACUCCUCCUACGAUCCAUCCGAGCACCCCUCGGCCAACUCCAACCGGGGCUACAUGGUCGACUGUAUGCGGAGCCUGCUGGAGAUCUUAUCCGACAAGGAACUAAACGAGAGUUAUCAAAAGAUCAAAGCCCUACUCGACCAAUCUAUCAGCACCGCCAAGUCCACAGUCACCACCCAAAAGAUGCUCGACCUGCUCACCAUCCUCCUACCCCGACUGGUCACAUCCACCGAGGAAAAGAAAGAGGGACGAGCCGAGCGACUCAAGCGACUCCAGGAGAUCCACGGCCUGAUCAGCCAGGACCAGUUCAUCCUCUCGGCGGACGCGAACCUGCAGAAGAAGUCCUUCAAGCUGCUCGCCACCUUCCUCGACCUGCUCCACCAACACGGGUUCGUCAAGACGGCCGUUGCCGACCUCGACGGCCUCAUCAACAAGCUGCUCGGCCUCGACGGGAAGGGCAAGGUCUCUGGGCCCGCCAAACGCGAUCGCGCCCUGCUUGUCUCCAGCCUCGUCUCCGUCAUCCCCGUCGACAAGCUCCACCACAUCCCCCGCCUCUUGACCGAGGUCGUCCUGGGCUGCAAGGAGGCGAACACCGACGUCCGUGGGCAGAGCUACGAGGUGCUCAUCAAGAUCGGCCACAAGAUGAAGGAGCAUGGCGGGAAGGUCAAUUGGAAGGCCUUGGUCGACGGCCUGGAGGACCAGGAGAAUGAUGAGAAUGCGAUCAUGGAUGAUGGCGAACAAGAGGCGAGCAUUGAAGAAUACUUCAAGAUGAUAUCCGCCGGUCUGGCCGGUACGUCUCCUCACAUGGUCUCGGCUACCAUCGCGGCCCUGUCGCGAGUCUUGUUCGAAUUUCAUGAUGACUUGAGUCGGACGACAAUCGACGAGCUAAUCUCUACGAUCGAGAUCUUCCUCAACUCACCCAACCGAGAGAUCGCCAAGACGGCGAUCGGGUUCAUGAAGGUAGCGGUAGUCAGUCUGAAGAAGGAGGUUGUCGAAGCGCAGCUGGAGAAGAUCGUGCCGGGCCUGCUGAAGUGGGCGGCCGAGCACAAGAACUACUUCAAGACGAACAUCCAGAACUUGCUCGAACGCCUCCUGCGUCUCUUCGGCUUCCCUACCCUCGAGAAAUUCGUCAGCUCCCGCGAGGAAAACGAUGGUGGUCGGAAACUGGUCAACAGCUUGGUCAAGAAACAGAAGAAGAAGAAGCUCGCUCGCCAGGCUCGUGCUGAGAAUCCUGCCGACGACGAUCGGAAGGCUCUCGAUGAUCAGGAGAGUGACGAUGACCGACCGGCACGCCAACCGCGACUCGGAGACGCAUAUGAAGAAGCGCUGUACGGCUCUGAGAGCAGCGAUGAGGACGACGGCGAGCAGGCGGGCGGGCCCCGCCAAGGAAGCAACGCCAAGCACAUGGACAAGAAGAACAAGAAGAACAGGGAUGGUGGGGCGCUCGAUAACCAGCUCUUGGAUGAUGAUGAGGACCAGAUCAUGGAUCUUCUUGACGGCGGCCGGAUGGCCAACCGCGCCUUGGGUGAGUCCCUCUCUCUCUCUCUCUAUCUCGGAGGUUUUUUGCUCUCGAGGCUUACUGAGACUGGGGGACGAAAUACAGCUGGGAAGGUGGCGAAGGCGGAGAAGCGGAAAGAGGCGCUGCAGCGGAUCGGGGCGGGGUACAAGAAAGACGCGGAGACGGGCAAGAUGAUCAUCGAGUCUGAUGACGACGAGGGUCCGAAGGCGGGGACGGGCGGCGGCGGCGGAACCGAAGACAGCACGAAUGCGUUCCUCGAGGCCGUCCAUGGCGCCGACGGGUUCAGGAGAGACGCCCGAGGCGUCGCUAAGCCUAAUAAGAAACGCAAAAACCACGUCCGCGACGACGUCGAUCUCGACGAACAGGUCGAGGCCGUCCAGGGCUUGCAUCUUACCGACCAGGACUCGGGCGCACUUCUUCUUAAUAAGAAAAAGAAAGUGAAGAGGGUCAAGGAGAAGCUCGGGGCCGAAUUCAAGGCUAAAAAGGCGGGCGGAGACCGGGUGGCGCGGGAUAAGAACGGCCAGGAAAUCUCUCCGUUCGCCUACCUCCCCAUGAGCGCGCUCAACUCGAAGAAAAAGAAACAUGCGGUCGCUAAGAACAUGGAUAUCACGGGCAAGGUCAAGGGCUCUGCGUCCCGCUCUUGA